ACUCUGCGUUCUGCUUGGCUGUUCCGCACGGCAGUAGGAAGUGACUGACGGGUACUCGCGAGCCACUGGAGAGUAAAAUGAUGAGGAUAGAGAAGAUAUAAUUGAAACCAAGCCGCUCAGGCCGAAAGAGGAGCAGAAGAUACAGCGGAGGUUCCAGCGGAGUGAUGGAGACACAAAAAGCCAGGCAGCAUGUUGCUGCAAACACAGCAGAGAACACUCCUCAUGGGAACCCUCCUCCCCCCGAACUCAGACUGGUUUUGCUAGGCCGCAAAGGCACAGGGAAGAGUUCUGCAGGAAACACCAUUCUCGGGCUAUCUGGAGCGUUUGAGACGGGCAAGCCAACAGAAGAGUGUGUAAAAAGACGAGCAGACACUGCAGGCCACCGUGUUACAGUAGUGGACACCCCAGGAUGGGAAUGGUACUACUCCAGUAACGGCACUCCAGCCUGGGUGCAAAGAGAGACUAUGAGAAGUGUGUCACUCUGCCCACCUGGACCUCAUGCUCUGCUUGUUGUGGUUCGGUCCUGCGCUUCGGUGACUGAAGACUAUUAUCGGCAGAUCGAGGAGCACCUGGAGCUUUUGGGAAAGACAGCCUGGAGUCACACCAUGGUUCUGUUCACGCGAGGGGAUGAACUAGGCUCAAUUCCAAUAGAGCAGAGAAUUCAAAAUGGAGGAAAGUCCUUCCAGAGGCUUCUGCAGAGGUGUGGAAAUCGGUUUCACGUCCUAGAGAACAAACGUCGCAGCGACGAUGGAACUCAGGUGAAGGGACUGAUGAAGAAGUUGGGGGAGAUGAUGAAGGAGACAGGGGGAAGACAUUACGACUCAGAUCCUUUACUGCUGACACUGGAGGUGGAAGGGAAAAGGAGAGCAAGGGAGAGAAGAAAGAAGCAAAGGCUUAUGGAGACUCAAACGCAAAGAGGGGUUAUGAAAGCUGUGCUAACAGUUGAUGCUCUACAAACUGAAGAUCUGGAUGACAGGAGUUUGUUCUCCAGAGGCUCACGUCGUCUCCCAGAGCUGCGACUUAUCCUCCUGGGAGAACGAGAGACAGGGAAAAGCUCUGCUGGGAAUGCCAUCCUCAGAAGUGCGACAUAUUUUCAAACAGGACAGGCCACAGAGGAAUGUUCAAGGCAGCAGGCAGAAGUUUCUGGAAGACUGGUCACAGUGGUGGAUGCACCUGGCUGGGAGGGUGGUCCUGAUUCAACUACCCCUGAAAGAGUAAAGCGAGAGAUCUGUGCCAGUGUGACAUUGUGUCCUCCCGGUCCUCACGCUCUUCUGCUGACCCUGAGGGUGGAUGCCCUGGUCCGAGCUGCAGCAGUGAAGGAGCACCUGGAGUUACUCGGUGAAGGAGUUUGGAGACACACCAUACUGCUUUUCACCAGGGGCGACCAGCUGAGAGAAGGGGUCACUAUUGACCAACACAUCCAAGGAGGCGGCAGAGAUCUGCACUGGUUGAUGGAGAAGUGUGGGAACCGAUACCACGUCAUUAGCAGCACCUGUUUAGAAGGUCCCGGCUCCAUGACUCAGGUAACAGGGCUUUUAGAGAAGAUUGAGAAAAUGGUUGCAGAAAAUCGAUGCGAGGCUUUCUCGCCACUCGUGCAGGAGAUCCAGGAUCUUGGAAAACAAAAGAAUGAGAGAUUCAACCAGAAGCUAAAGGAAGCCAACGAGAAGCUUCAACGUCAAGAGACAGAGCUGAAGAGGAUGAGGGAGAGGGAGGUGAAGAGCAUCAGGUGGUUCUUUGACAGGAAGAAGGACAAGACAAAAUCACCAGGAAAGACAAGCACAGAGAGGGAGGAAGCAAUGGAUAGAGGAGAAGAUGACAGGAAGAGCAUCUUGGGUGAACUAGAGGAAAGAAUGGCUUGGCUAACAGAAGAAAAGGAAAAAGAGAUUCAGGAGCUAAGUCUGGAAAACAGCAGAGUCAGAGCUGCUCUCACUCAGGGUUACAAAGAGAAAGACGAGCUGGUUAGGACAGUAGAGGAAAAAGACAGAGAGAGCGAGGAAUUGAAAGAAAAAGUGGAUGAGUUACAGGUUAAAGUACUUGAGUUGGAACGUGUGAGCAUGUUAAAAGAUCAGGAAAGAAAAGAGAAAGAGGAAGAACUGACAAAAAGAAAUAAAAAUAUUGAAAACGAGGUCAAUUUGCUGAAAGAGGAACUGGAUCAGAAAGAAAAGGAUAAAGAUGAGCUGGAGAGAAGAACUCAAGAGUCAAAACUGAAGUACGAAGACGAGAUCUCUCAAGUAAAGCACAAUUCAGAGCAAAUACUGGCAGAGAAAAAUGAUUUGGAGAAGAAGCUUGAAAUAAAACAAAAAGAGGUGGAAGAGACUAAGCUGGAAGCUGACAGGACAGUAAAGGACCAAGAGGAAAGAUGGAGGGAAAUGAAUGAAAAGAGAGAAAAGGAGAAAAAUAAACUAAGAGAAAUGGUAGAGCUUAUGACUAAAGAGUUAGAAGAACUACAGGUUGCUUUUCAAGAGCAAGUAAAAACAUCAGAAGCUGAAAGACAAAUGCAUGAAAACACAGUGGUACAAUACGAUGAACUUGUUGACAAGCUUCUCGGUAAAGAUGCCGAAAUUAUUUCAAUUCAGCAGCAGCAAAAAGAGCAGGAUAUGACUAGAAGUCUGGAGACUCAAGCAAAACUACAAGAAAAGGAUAAAGAAAUGAAGGAUUUAACAAAUAGUUGCAUGGAGAAAGAGCAGGAAAUUGACCAGCUGAAGCAAACCAUUGAUGCUAAGCAGAAAGCGGUGGAAACUCUGAAAAACGAGAGUCAAGCUAAAGUUACAGAAUUCACCUCUAGAAUCAAACUUUUAGAGGAUGAAUACAGAGAGAUGGAGGAGUUCCUGAAAAGAGAGAACGUGAUCCUAAAAGAAGAAAUUGAGAUAAUGAAGAAUCGGUAUGAUGAGAACAUGAGAAAGAAGGAAGAUGCCACAAGGCAGAUUUUAGAGGUGAAGGAAAAUGUGAUUAACCAGCUUCAGCAACAGAAAAAAGACAUUGAUGCUCACAAUGAAGACCUUAAAAAACAUCUAAGGGAGAGCAAAAUCCGUGAAGAAAGCCUACAAAAUCAAACUGAAGGGCUGUUGCAUGAUAAAGAAGGGCUUGUUUUAAAGUGUGAAGAUUAUCACAGAGAGCUACAGGCUCUGAGAGCUGAAAACCAGAAGAGGGAGAAAGAGAUUAAAGACAUAUUUAACCAGUAUGAAGAAAUGGGGAAAAUCAAAGAUAACCUGUCCCAAGAGCACAUUGAGGAGAAAGAAAAGGAAAUCUGUCUGUUGAAACAGACAAAUCACACACAACAAAUAGACCUGGAGGCCAUGGUGGAAAAAAGCAAAGAACUGGAGAACAAUAUUGAAGAGAUGAAAAAAUACUACGAGGAGAGACUGUUGGAAAAGAUAUCAGAAAUGGACGUUAAGGAAGCAGAGAGGGAACGGGCACUGCACAACAAAGAGCUGGAGCUGAGCGAAAGAGAGCACGUUUUAAGACAAAACACACAAGAGCUUGAAAGAACCAAAAAGAACCUGAAGAAAAAAGAGGAAGAAAUCAGCUUCAGAGAACAAGAGCUGAAAGAUGAAAAGCAAGGACUGGAUAAAAAGGAACAGGAAAUUAGAGACAAGGAGACAAAAGUCGAAGAUCAGUGUGAAAAUAACCAGCGUUACAGAGAAGACCUGGAGAGAAGAGAAAAUGAGCUAAAGACAAAAGAAGAAGAAUGUAGAGAUGCUGAGGAAAAAUUAGAGAAAGAAAUGAAGAAGAAAUAUGAAGAAAUUGACAAAGUAGAGAAGAUGCUGGAAAGCAAGCAGAAGUCCCAAAAUGAUUGGUCCGAAAAGCAGGAAAAGGAAUUAGAAAAUAUCAGGCAUCAACUAGAAGAGAAAGAAAAAGAACUGAAGAAAACAGAAGAGGAGCUUUCAGAACAACAACUUAAUCUGAAGGAAGAAAGAAAAGCAUUAGAGAACCACAGAGAGAAUCUAGAGACCAGAGAACAAGGAUUAAGGAAAAGACAGCAGCAGUUAAUUGAUUCAGAGCAAGGGUGUGUAAAUAAAUUGCGAGAACUCGCUGAAGGAUUGGAGGAACUGGAGAAAACCAAACAAGAUUAUGAGAGAGAGCAGGCGGAACUUACCAACAAGGAAAACAAACUGAUGCAAAGAGUAAAUGAAUUUCAUAAGAAAGAGCAGGAGUUGCUACAGAGAGAGCAUGACCUUGGACUCAGAAUUCAAGAGCUAAUGGAGAAAAAUCAAGAGGCAUCUCAGAAAUGGAAAAAUGAAUUGGAGGCAACUGAAAGAAAUUUAGCAAUAAAAGAUCAAGAAUUGAUGAAUACUAAAGAGGAGCUUGAGAAAAGAAAGCAAGAACUGGCUGAAAGAGAGAAAAAUCUUGACUUAAAGGAACAAGAAAUUAAAAGAACAUGUGAAGAGUACGAGGCUGCAAAGAAAAUACUGGAAAGCAAAGAGAAAGCACAGAUGAAUUUCUUUGACAAGAAGGAAAAGAACAUAGAAAUAAUCCAGCAGGAGCUAGAAGACAGAGAAAAAGAAGUCAAGAACAUGGAGGAAGAGCUCACAGCAAAGCAAAUUAAACUAGAGAAGGAGAUCGAGAACCACAGAGAGAAUCUAGAAUCUAGAGAAGUGGAAUUAUGUCAAAGAGGACAACAACUAAUUGAUUCAGAGAAGAUAUGUGAGGUCAAGGCGCAAGAACUGUCAAAAUGUCUGCAGGAACUCGAGCAAAGCAAACAACAGAAUGAGAAAUGGCAAGCAGAACUAACUACUAGGGAAAAUGACUUAACGCAAAGACUGAACGAACUGGAGAACAAAGAGCAGGAAAUUUUACAGAGAGAACAUGAUGGUGCAUUCAACGUUCCAGAGCAACAGCAGACACAUCAGCAGAUUGCAGCACAUCCUGAUCAACAGCUCUUAACCAUACAAUGCAGCCAGACUGAUGAACUGGAAGGGGAAUUAGAAAGAGUCAAACAGGCCUUGGAGAUAAGAGAGGAAAAUUUAAACUUAAAGGAGCAAGAAAUUAAAAGAACAUGUGAAGAGUAUGAGGCUGCAAAGAAGAUACUUGAAAGCAAGGAGAAAGCACAGAUGAAUUUCUUUGACAAGAAGGAAAAGAACAUAGAAAUAAUCCAGCAGGAGCUAGAAGACAGAGAAAAAGAAGUCAAGAACAUGGAGGAAGAGCUCACAGCAAAGCAAAUUAAACUAGAGAAGGAGAUGGAGAACCACAAAGAGAAUCUAGAAUCCAGAGAAGUCGAAUUAUGUCAAAGAGGACAACAACUAAUUGAUUCAGAGAAGAUAUGUGAGGUCAAGGCGCAAGAAAUGUCAAAAUGUCUGCAGGAACUCGAGCAAAGCAAACAACAGAAUGAGAAAUGGCAAGCAGAACUAACUACUAGGGAAAAUGACUUAACGCAAAGACUGAACGAACUGGAGAACAAAGAGCAGGAAAUUUUACAGAGAGAACAUGAUGGUGCAUUCAACGUUCCAGAGCAACAGCAGACACAUCAGCAGAUUGCAGCACACCCUGAUCAACAGCUCUUAACCAUACAAUGCAGCCAGACUGAUGAACUGGAAAGGGAAUUAGAAAGAGUCAAACAGGCCUUGGAGAUAAGAGAGCAAGAACUGGCAACCAAAGAGGAUGAGCUUCAAAAAAGGGAAGAAAAUCUGAAAUGUGCUGAAAUGUGUUUGGAGGAUAGAGAGGAAAUUGCGCAGAUCAGAGAAGCAGAAGUACAAAAUAACCAACAGUUUGAUGCUUCACUUUGCAAUCUCGGGAAUAAACAAGAACAAGUAGAAGAAAUAGAGUCUUCUUUAAAAACAGAACGACUUGAGUUAGCUCGAAUUGAAGAAGAACUUGUCAACAGAGAGCAGAAUGUAACAGAAAGGGAUCAAGAACUGAACAACAGAUAUAAACAACUGGCUAUCAAGGAGAACAACGUGGAGACCUAUGAACUCAAUCUAAAGUCAAGAGAGAAUGAGUUCAAGAACAGAGAACAAGAGUUGAAUGAGUCCAAAGAAAUUCUAGAAACUCAAAAGAAAGAUUUAGCCAAUGGCAAAAAUGAACUAGAGAAUGCAAAGCAGAAACUACUCAAUGAGAAGCAAAUGGUGAAGGUGAAAACAGAAGAACUGCAAAAGUGGGAAAAGUAUCUGUACAAUAUGGAGCUUGAAAUGAUCAACAGCAAUCCCAACGCUAAGUUCCAACCAUUCCAAACAUCUGUAUCUAAUGGAAAACAAGCAGGAGUGAAGAAUGGACAAGACAUGUAUCAGGAAGUUGGAGUAGAUGGAAGAUUCUGUGAAAGAGAGUUUAGAGAAAAUGGUAAGACCAGCAUUAAUGAUGGAGGAGAAGAUCAGAACCUGGAAAUGGCUUCAUUGUCAGAAUCAACAAAUGGGGAAUUUAAUGAUAUACCGCUGAGAAUGCAAAAUAAAAGCAAAGCAGCACUGGAGCUCACGGCAAAGGAGGAAAGUAAUGGAAUUAACUGGUGGGAAGAAGAGUCUGGAGGAGAAGAAGAUGAUGAAGAAUUCUUUGAGCCAGCCAGUUCUGACAACCGAGUGACUCAAGGUUUACAGUCUGACUCUCAGGAGCUCAAGCUGGUGCUACUGGGAGAGACGUGGUCAUCUCGCCACUCAGCCAGACAGAUUAUUCUGGGGCAAGAUGAUGAGAUGGGUAGGCCCUGGACAGGAAGGGUAUCUGGCAAGAACCUCAUGGUCGUGGAGCCCCACGGGAUAAAAUGGAGACCAACGAAAAAUCUGAACAUGGCGUCUAAUCAGGAACUCAUGGACAGUGUAUCUCUGUGUAGACCUGGCCCUCAUGCCUUCAUCCUCAUCCUGCCGGCCUAUUUAACGUUUACAGGACAGUACAGGAGAGCAGUGGAGCACACCAUGACCACACUGGGGGAGGCUUCGUGGAAGCAUGCUAUUGUUCUCUUCACCUGGGGAGAAGCUCUUGGAGAAAGUGGUCAGCAGCACAUAAAGAGGAACGGGGAUUUAGAAUGGCUCGUGAAGAAAUGUGGAGGUCGAUACCACGUACUGGACAACAGACGCAGGGAAGCCAAUGUGCUGGAACUGCUGGAGAAGAUUUCCAAAAUGGUGUCAAGAAACCAGAGCCAUUAUUAUCAAGCAGAAUAACUCAGAAUACAAAUGAGAAGUUUUUGUUGUUGUUGUUUUCUAGUCAACUAAUCAAAUUAAUUGUGAGAUGGUUUUGUUUGAUCUUUACACAUGAAUGUAAAUAAAUAAAUCAAUAAGUAUUAA